AUGGCGCCCUCGGCUGAAAACCACAGUCGCUCGCACAGUCUCUUGCUCUUUCAGAAGCUACUGAAUUUGAGGGAUGGCGCCAGUCCCCUGACUCUUGUGCUGGACAGCCUUGAGCAGGGUGCUGCGCCUGUCCUGCGGGAGUUCGUCUCCAGAGCCAAGGUUGCGAAAGCCAAGGUCAUAUUACUCUCAUUUGCGACUCUUAAGCGGCCACGAGAUGUAGACGUUGUCGUACGAGCCCGAGGCAAGAACCCUAAGGCUCUUAGGGCAGAGAUCCUCUCACAUUACCCCAAGAUUCAUCCUGCCGCCGCCGCCAAGAGUGCAUCAUCCCAAAAAACCGUUGUGCUGCUUGACUCACUCAACGAGCUCGCCACAGCGGCACCUCAGAUCAUGCCGACUUUCCUGUCGAGCAUCGUUAUGCCGACGGUGUCUCUCGUAGCAGUGUACCAUACCGAUGUUCCCAUUGUACUCCCGCGAUCAGUAAGCGAGUACGAGCCUCACCCUCUGACCGUCCUCUCUCACUUGGCCACCUCUAUUCUUCGGCUAUCAAGUCUACGUCAGGAGAUCGAGCGUCAGAGGGCGAGGAACAGGAGUCUCCAAGAGCCAGAAUGGGGGCUGGGCGAGGGCCGUGAAGGCGUCCUCGUCGGUCUCAAGGGCGACACCAAAUCCGAGGAUUAUCAUGGCGUGGUCGUCGAAAUGGAAAUCAGGAGGCGAAGCGGACGUUCCAUGGCGGAAAAGUUCGUCGUAUUGCCACAGGUGGGCCAGAGCAUAACCACCACAUCCGCGAAGGGAUCCAAGAUUUUCCUCCUCUCGGAGCACCCUGUAUUUGCUUCCCCCGGGGGUUCUGGCGCUACGGGUUUUGGAGAUGGAGAGGACGAUGAGCCAGAGAGUACAUUCAACCUGGGCCUCACGGAGAAACAACGACGGGAUAGGGAGGGCAUUGUGCUGCCUUACUUUGACGCGCAGACGGACAUAGGGGCGGGGGAGGGUGGAAGGAUCCUGUACGAGAUGGGCAGAGAGGAUGACUUUGAUGACGAGGAGGACGAGAUCUAG